AUGGCGACCUUUGUGCGGCUGCUGGUGUCGCAGGCGGAGCAGAUGGUUUCACGUCUCUUCAAGGUGGAGCGUGGCAAGGGGCCUGGCUCCUUCCUGGAGGCACCACGGAUGGAGAAGCUGCUGGAGCGGGGUGCGGGAAGUGGGCUGUGCUAUGGGCUGGGCGCCAUGCAGGGCUGGCCGGCACACAUGGAGGAAGCUCACAGGGCUCAGCCCCAGCUGCCAGGUGCUGUGGCCACCUGGGCCUUCUUUGCCGUGUACGAUGGGCACGCGGGCAGCACGGUGGCACAGUUCUGCGCCCACCACCUGCUGGGGGAGGUGGUGGUGGGCGAGGCCUGCACAGGGGAGGCAAAGUCACCUGGGCUGGUGAAGGAGACAGUGCGGGGCUUCCUGCGCAUUGACAGCCGCAUGCAGGCGCUGGCCCAUGCCGAGGGGUGGGAGCACGCUGGCUCCACCGCCGUGGCCGUGCUGGUCUCACCGCGCCACCUCUACUUCAUCAACCUGGGCGACUCGUGGGCGCUGCUGUGCCAGGCCAGACGCCUCACCUUCUACACGGAGGAUCCUAAGCCCAGACGGCCGCGGGAGUGGGAGCGCAUCGAGAACGCCAGCGGCACCGUCCUGCUGCAGUGUGUCAACGGCUCCUUGGUCGUCUCCCGCGCCCUGGCUGACUUUUACUACAAGGUCGUGGCCUGGCGGGGCCAGACGGAGCAGCUGGUGUCGCCCGAGCCCGAGGUGUACGAGCUGGCGCGCUGCCCUGGUGAGGAUGAGUUCCUGGUGCUGGCCUGCGACGGCGUCUGGGACGCCUUCGACACCGAGGGGCUCUGCACCUUCGUCCGCUCCUGCCUGCUGCUCGGCGGGGACCCGCAGGCCGUGUGCGAGGAGGUCCUGGACGCUGGGAUCUACAAGAUGAGCCGCGACAACAUGACCUGCAUGGUGGUGUGUUUCCGGGGGGCCCCUGGCACCUCCCAGGCUGCCCUGCAGAAGGAGAGGGAGCUGGACGCACACCUGGAGAGUCGGGUGGCAGGUGGAAGGGCCGUGAUCAUGGAGGCCUGCGACGGAGCUAUGAGGCCCAGAUGUCGGGACCCUGUGAGAUCGGCGCCCCCGGCUGAGCAGACCUUUAGGGCAGAGGUGCCCAUGAGAUGA